AGUGGCAGGGUUACAAACUGUCUGUCUUCACAGCGGAAAGUAAAGACAUUUCGCAUCUGGGCUACUUCUGAAGAUGAGAACUAGGGACAAGCUCAAGCCAGUGGAAUGAUGUCGAACACUGAGGCCUGCAUUUGGAGGAGUGGCGACUAAUAAAGGCUGAGAGUAAAGCUCAUCAGCUUCAUCAGGAUGGGCUGCACUUGUAGUGGCCAGAAACAAGUAAAUGAUGGCAACUUCUACAAAGUAAAACACACACCUCAGGCAUCCAACUCAGCAAACCAUAUAGCACAAAGUGGAAACACCUACUCAGACUAUGAUGAGACCGUGUUCGUGGCACAACAUGACUUCAAAGCAACGACCAACAAUGAUCUGUCAUUCAAAAAGGGUGACAAGCUCAAAGUUCUGCAUGAGGAUGGAGAAUGGUGGCUGGCUAAAUCACUGAUCACUGGAAAUGAGGGUUUAAUACCAUCUAACUUUGUUGCCAGAGCAGACUCCCUGGAGGUGGAGAAAUGGUUUUUCAAAGAUUUAAGUAGAAAGGAAACAGAGCGGCUUCUUUUAGCCCCUGGAAAUAAACCAGGCACAUUUCUUGUUCGAGAGAGUGAGACAUCGAAAGGGUCCUUCUCCCUGUCAGUCAGAGACAAUGAUCGCGAACAAGGAGAUGUAGUAAAACACUACAAGAUCCGUUGUUUAGACAAAGGUGGUUUCUACAUCUCCCCUUCCAACCCCUUCCCAUCACUUCAGGAGCUGGUCAAAUACUACAGCCAGACAGCAGACGGGUUGUGUCAGCGCCUGUACGCUCCUUGUAAGGGGAAGACGCCUCAGCAGCCAUGGGCCCAGGAUGAAUGGGAGAUUCCACGAGAGACGCUGAAAAUGGUGAAGAAACUGGGGGCCGGGCAGUUUGGAGAAGUGUGGAUGGGUUACUACAAGAACACCAAGAAGGUUGCUAUCAAGACCUUAAAGGAGGGAACGAUGGAGCCUGAAGCCUUCCUUCAGGAAGCCAACCUGAUGAAGCAGUUGAAGCAUGAGCGACUGGUACGACUCCAUGCUGUUGUCACUAAGGAGCCCAUUCUCAUCGUGACUGAGUUCAUGAUCAACGGAUCUCUUCUUGACUUUCUAAAAACAGUUGAAGGGAAAAAGCUCACAAUGAAUAAGUUGAUCGACAUGUCAGCACAGAUUGCUGAAGGCAUGGCAUAUAUUGAAAAGAAUAAUUAUAUCCACCGUGACCUGCGGGCAGCCAAUAUACUAGUAAACGAGAUGCUCCACUGCAAGAUAGCUGACUUUGGCCUGGCCAGAGUCAUCGAGACUGAAUAUACAGCACAUGAAGGUGCAAAAUUUCCUAUUAAAUGGACAGCUCCAGAGGCCAUCAAUUUUGGCACAUUCAGCAUCAAAUCAGAUGUCUGGUCAUUUGGGAUCUUGCUGACAGAAAUAGUCACCUUCGGAAGAAUACCAUACCCAGGAAUGACCAACCCAGAAGUGAUCAGGUGCCUGGACAGGUCGUACAGGAUGCCGAAGCCUGAGGGCUGUCCUGAGGAGCUCUAUGACGUCAUGAUGAUGUGCUGGAAGGAAAAGCCUGACAACCGGCCAACUUUUGAACAUCUGCAGAACACUCUGAAUGACUUCUUCAUUGCCACAGAGGGACAAUAUGAGAUGCAGCCAUAACUUAAAGAAGAGAGCGACAAAAUGAUUGAUGCAAAGAAAUAUGUCAAACCGGAACGGUCAGAGGAUCGAGCAACAAUCAUCUUUAUUACUGAAAAAAUCACCUUUUUAACAGUUCAGGUGGUGAAACUUUCCCCGCUCUGAGUGAAUGUAAAGUUAUUUAUGGCUUGAUCUGACUGCAGCUGAGAUGAGCGUCUGAAACAUAGGAAGGUCAGAGUUCUCAAUGCUGCGGCUUUAUGAUGACUUUGCCAGAAGUAAUGUUGCCUCGUGCUAUUGACUGAAGCCAUGGAGUAUAAGAAAGCAUCAACAGGACUGGUAAUCAUGGUUCAUAUGACAAUAGAUAUUCAAAUACAAUGUAGUCGUGAUCUUAAACAGUUUUUGGACAUGGACAUUGGCGGAGUUUAAAUAGUUGCAUGGUACAGAAAUGGACAGCCUGAGAUUAUGUGUUCAAUACUUUGCACUUUUUUAUUAAUUCAGUAGAAAAAUGUUUCCCAUUUUAAAUAAAAUAUUGCUAUUGAUUAGAACUUGGGCUGUUCAGCUAUCCAUUGCUAAAUGUGCCACAAAAGCCUGACCUUUUCACAGAAAAACUUUACUUUGUAUUCAAUUUAUUUGCGAAAAAGCUGAUUUUAUUUGAAUGAAAGGUUUCAAAGAGGAGAGAUUUUGACAAAAAGACGUCCCACACAGAGAUAAUAAUCACUUUUGCACUGGUUCACAUACCACAUGUUGGGUUUGAUUAUUAAAUAUAGUUUUGACCUAGAUAUGAUACAGAAAGGAAGGAUCAGCAAGGAAUGAAUAACAUGGGGUGACACUAAAAUGGUCUCAGACUUACCUCAGUUCUGUAUUUCAGAGAGCUUUACAACUGUGAUCUGCAGGAUAUAUUCAAUAGCAGGUCACUGUAUUAAAUUGCAGGGGUUUUCUUCCCCUAACUAAAACCACCCAAAGGGGCACAGAUGGUAUUUUGAAGAUAAGAGAGUGGAGAGGCCACAACAGCCAGGGGUUAAAAACCCUGCCAUUUCCUGAAUGAACAGGAAACAGGAAGUGUUAGUCAGCAUUCUUGAAAUACCACACAGACGGAUGGCCAUUACAUGACAAAGCAGCUGCGGUCUUAGAAUUUUUCUUUUUGGAUUUGCUAUCAACAGAACACCUGUAAAAUUUCAACCCAGGAUAGCAACUAGAAUCCAUCCAUCCAUUUUCUGAACCUCUUAUUCCCAAAUGUGGUCACGGGGGGACUGGAGCCUACCCCAGUAUUCACUGGGCAAAAGGCGGGGUACACCCUGGACAGU